AUGGCUGGCGAGGCGGAAGCCAUUAUGUUGCAGCAGGUGUUUUUCCUGCUACUCAUGAUUUUCAAUCAGAGGCGCCAACGUAUGCAGCGUAGGAGGCGGCUGAGGAGGUUCGUAAGGGACAGACGAGUCCUUGGGCUCAACCCAGCCGCAUUAGCCGCUGCGAUUGUCAUCGCACAGGGUGGCCCCCAGAUUUACAGAUCAGUCUGGACCAGGGAACGCAGUCAUCAUUGGUUUCAGCACAUUGUGUUGGAGACAUAUACGGACAUAGAUUUCUACAGGCGCUUUAGAAUGAGGAAAGCUAUUUUCCGGUUCAUCGUGACGGACCUCCAGCACGUCCUUCACCGCAGCGACACCAGGUUGCGAGCCGCCAUCCCAGUACCACAACGUAUCGCCAUAGCCUUAUACUGGUUAGCGUCUGGAGAUCUUCUGAGGACCGUGGCAGAUCUAUUUGGUGUUAGUGCGGCCUCCGUGUGUCAUGUUGUCCAUGAUGUGUGUCAAGCCAUAGUCGACGUGUUGUUGCCAAGGUACCUUACCUUUCCCUCGGGAGAAAGACUGCGGGAAACGGUACAGGGAUACGGGGAGAAGUGGGGGUUUCCACAAUGUGCAGGGGCAGUGGACGGAUCCCACAUAGCUAUCAAAGCCCCAGUGGACGGCCGCACUGACUUCUUCAACCGGAAGGGGUAUUACUCCAUCAUCCUGCAAGGGGUAGUCGACCACUUGUUCACUGACAUAAAUGUUGGCUGGCCGGGGAGCGUUCAUGACGCCCGUGUGCUGCGCAACUCUUCCAUCUUUGAACGAGCUGAAAGAGGAACAUGUACCAACAUCCCCGCUGUUAUCUUGGGUGAUGCGGCGUAUCCCCAUCUACCAUGGUUGAUGAAGGCCUAUCCAGACAAUGGGCAUCUCACUCGAGAGCAGCUGAUCUUCAAUUACCGUUUGAGUCGCGCCAGAAUGACGGUGGAGUGUGCUUUUGGGCGACUCAAGGGCAGGUGGCGGUGCUUGUCGAAACGUUUAGACGUUGAUCUAGACCACGUGCCAACCGUAGUAACAGCGUGUUGUGUUUUACAUAACGUGUGUGAGGUUCACGGCGAGCAUUUCGACGACCAGUGGCUCGUCCCGGCUGACGACCGACAAGUACCAAUGCAACGGUGCCAGGCCGUGCCAAAUGCAUCCAGAGACGCCCUGGCCAGGCUGUUUGUUGACGAAGAAUAA